GGUGUAAACAAAAAAAUUAUAUGUUAUUACUGAUUAUUGCUGAUUAGUAUAUUAUUUCCGUAAUACGCAAUAUCAUUAUACAUUUUUAUAUUAUAUAGGUAAUACUUACCUAUUAAUGCUCAAUAUCAGAUUUAGUUCUGUUUACGGUUAUUAAAAUUAAAAACAUCUCUCGAGUGUGGAGUAAUUACUAAAUUAAAUUUGGUAUUUAUGAAAUCAUCAAGGUUAUAAAUACAAACAGAUAAAACAAUUUUAAUGGAUCCAUCAGUUUUAACAACAUUAAAAAUUUUAUUAAUUGGUCAAAGUGGAGUAGGAAAAUCAUGUUUGUUAUGCAGAUUUACAGAUGACACAUUUAAUGAGGAUAAUGCAGUUACUAUUGGUGUAGAUUUUAAAAUGAGAAAAAUAACUGUUGAUAAUAAUAAUAUUAAGCUAGCCUUAUGGGAUACAGCUGGACAAGAAAGAUUUCGUACUCUGACUCCAAAUUAUUACCGCGAUGGUCAAGGUGCAGUACUUGUUUAUGAUGUUUCAAACCGUGAUUCAUUUACAUGCUUAGAAACGUGGAUUAAUGAACUUAAUAGAUACUCAACCAAAACCAAUAUUAUUAAAAUGGUUGUUGGUAACAAAAUUGAUCGGGAAAGACAAGUCACACGAGAAGAAGGAAUUGCUUUUGCUCGUCGUCAUCAAACAUUAUUUAUUGAAACUAGUGCUAAAACAAAAGAAGGAGUAUAUAUGGCAUUUGAAGAAUUAGUUAGAAAAAUAAUAAAUACACCAAGCUUAUGGGAAAAGCUCGAAGAUGCCAAUGUUGUUCGAUGCAAUGAUGAUCAUUCAGUAUCAGAAGAGAAGUAUUGUUAUUGUUAACUAUUUAAUCAUUUAAAUAUUUAUGAAAGGUUAUUUUGUUUUAAUUUGUUAGUAGGCUAAUACUUUGUAAGUAUAUGAUAUAUUAUUUGUAGCAUAGAAGAAAUAUGCUGCAGAUGAGUCCAUAUACAUAUAAAUAUAAUUAGAACAUUUUUGUUAUGUAUUAUUGCACUUUAAAAUAAUUUUUAAGGUUAUAUUUUUGGUUGUAAACACUCAUACAAUUAUUAAACUACUAUGGAAUACUAA